AUGUGUUUUCGUCUGGUAGACAUCGGCAGAAGGUCUCGAGAAGGCGCUGUUUCAAUCGAGGCGGCAAUCAAGGAGUGUGGUCGGACAAGACAAUGGAGCGUUGCCAUGCAGUUGUUCCGCGAUGGAAUUCAGUCAGGUGUGCAACUCUUCCCAGGCCACUACAUUGCGACCGCCAGUGCAUGCAGAAAAGGCGGGCAAUGGCAACACGCGCUGUCGGUGCUCGCUAUGAUGUGGGAAGCGAGGCUGGAGCCCAGCGUCAUCUUCAGCUACAAUGCGGGGAUCAGCGCGUGCGAGAAGGGCGAGCAGUGGCAGCCGGCGCUGGCGCUGCUGAGCGCGAUGCGGGAGGCGAAGCUGGAGCCCGACGUCAUCAGCUUCAAUGCUGGGAUCAGCGCGUGCGAGAAGGGCGAGCAGUGGCAGCAGGCGCUAGCGCUGCUGAACGAGAUGCGAGAGGCGAAGCUGGAACCCGACGUCAUAUUCAGCUACAGUGCUGCGAUCAGUGCCUGCGAGAAGGGCGAGCAGUGGAAGUGGGCCCUGGCGCUGCUGAGCGAGAUGAGGGAGGCGAAGCUGGAGCCCAACGUCAUUUUCAGCUACAACUCCGGGAUCAGCGCGUGCGAGAAAGGCGAGCAGUGGCAGCGGGCUCUAGGAUUGCUCAGCGAGAUGUGUGAGGUGAAGCUCCAGCCCACCUUUAUCUCUACUACAUUUCAGCUACAAUGCUGGGAUCAGCGCGUGCGAGAAAGGUGA